GCGUUCUCGAAGCACAACAAUUUAGUGAUCCAGUCCUAAGACAAAUGAUUACAUAUCCUUUCUUGAAUUUGGCAGAGAACAUGUGGAGCAACUACCUACAGAAAGGGGAGAUUUUAGAGAAGGCAGGUCUGCAGUCUGUCAACGCUCACAGUGCCAUGGACAACUUCAUCAACUAUGUGUCAGCAGACAUUACUACAUCCUUCACACUUCUGGUUGGAAUCUUCUUUCCAUCUGCAACAGGAAUUAUGGCAGGUUCCAAUAGAUCUGGUGAUCUCAGGGAUGCUCAGAAGUCCAUUCCCGUGGGAACAAUCUUGGCUAUUACCACAACUUCCAUUGUUUAUAUAACCUCUGUAGUUUUGUUUGGGUCUUGUAUUGAAGGAGUAGUCCUGAGAGACAAGUUUGGUGACGCCGUUCAGAAGAACCUGGUUGUUGGUACUCUGUCAUGGCCUUCUCCAUGGGUCAUUGUGAUUGGAUCCUUUUUCUCCACUGUUGGCGCAGGCCUGCAAUCCCUCACUGGUGCUCCACGACUUCUUCAGGCCAUUGCAAAAGACAACAUUAUUCCCUUCCUUAGGGUGUUUGGUCAUGGAAAAACAAAUGGCGAGCCGACAUGGGCGCUUCUACUGACUGGCCUCAUAGCUGAACUGGGGAUUCUUAUUGCCUCAUUGGACAUGGUGGCACCCAUUCUUUCCAUGUUCUUCUUGAUGUGCUAUCUUUUUGUAAAUCUAGCCUGUGCAGUCCAAACUCUUUUAAGGACGCCUAACUGGAGGCCGAGGUUCAAAUAUUAUCAUUGGGCUUUAUCAUUCCUUGGCAUGAGCAUGUGUCUGGCUCUGAUGUUCAUUUCCUCCUGGUACUAUGCCAUAGUGGCCAUGGGCAUUGCAGGGAUGAUCUACAAAUACAUUGAAUACCAAGGGGCUGAGAAGGAGUGGGGAGACGGGAUAAGGGGAUUAUCGCUCAGUGCUGCACGCUACGCUCUGCUGAGGCUAGAAGCUGGACCCCCUCACACCAAGAACUGGAGACCGCAGUUGUUGGUGCUGCUGAAACUUGAUGAGGACCUUCAUGUAAAAUACCCGCGACUGCUGACCUUUGCUUCCCAGCUAAAGGCAGGAAAGGGUCUGACCAUCGUUGGUUCUGCCAUCCAGGGGAACUUCCUGGACAGCUAUGGGGAAAUGCAAGCAGCGGAACAGGCUAUUAAGAACAUGAUGGAGAUUGAGCGGGUCAAAGGUUUCUGCCAAGUUGUCGUUGCAACUAAAGUGCGAGAGGGCAUCGUCCAUCUCAUCCAGUCCUGCGGUCUGGGGGGGAUGAAACACAACACUGUGGUAAUGGGCUGGCCGUAUGGCUGGAGACAGAGUGAAGACCCUCGAGCCUGGAAAACUUUCAUUAACACAGUUCGCUGCACCACAGCUGCCCACCUGGCCCUGAUGGUCCCCAAAAAUGUGUCCUUUUACCCAAGCAACCAUGAACGCUUCACAGAUGGCAACAUCGACGUGUGGUGGAUUGUCCACGAUGGAGGAAUGCUGAUGCUGCUCCCGUUCCUGCUCAAACAGCACAAGGUCUGGAAGAAAUGCAAGAUGCGCAUCUUCACUGUGGCCCAGAUGGAUGACAACAGCAUCCAGAUGAAGAAGGAUCUAGCCACGUUCCUGUACCAGCUGAGAAUAGAGGCUGAGGUGGAGGUGGUGGAGAUGCACGACAGUGAUAUCUCAGCAUAUACCUACGAGAGAACGUUGAUGAUGGAGCAGAGAUCCCAGAUGUUACGGCAAAUGAGGCUGUCCAGUGCAGAAAGACAAAGAGAGGCUCAGCUGGUUAAAGACAGACACUCGUUGGUGCGUAUGGGCAGUCUUUACUCAGACGAGGAGGAGGAGUUGUUGGAUAUUCCUCAAGGGAAGGUUCAGAUGACAUGGACCAGGGAAAAGGCUGAGGCUGAAAGUCGAAACAGAAACAAUGCUCCUGAGAACUUCAGAGAACUGAUGAGCCUCAAACCGGAUCAGUCCAAUGUGCGGCGGAUGCAUACAGCGGUGAAGCUGAAUGAAGUAAUAGUCAACAGAUCGCACGAUGCCCGAUUAGUGCUGCUCAACAUGCCAGGUCCACCUCGCAUUGCGGAUGGAGAUGAAAACUAUAUGGAGUUCCUGGAAGUGUUGACGGAGGGUUUGGAAAGAGUGCUGCUGGUGAGAGGAGGAGGGCGGGAGGUCAUUACCAUCUACUCAUGACCUGUCAGUAAUUAUGAAGUAGAGGAUUCGACCACGUACAUUCCACCUCGGGAAGAGCAUCAGCGCUUGUCUUCACUU